AUGAAGUUUACUCUCUUAGGGAUACUUGUGCUCCUAUGCUUUGUUGGCUCUCUGACCAGGGCCCAAGAAGGACCUGUUUGCCCGAAGACAGAAACUCUUAGCCGUGCAAGUUUCCCGGAGGGUUUCAUGUUUGGUACCGCAACCGCAGCCUUUCAGGUGGAAGGUGCAGUAAAUGAAGGUUGCAGAGGUCCCAGCCUGUGGGAUAUCUACACGAAGAAAUUUCCACAUAGAGUGAAGAAUCAUCAUGCUGAUGAGGCCGUCGAUUUCUACCAUCGCUACAAGGAGGAUAUCCAGUUGAUGAAAAAGCUGAACACUGAUGGUUUUAGACUUUCUAUUUCGUGGCCAAGAAUAUUUCCCCAUGGGAGGGCUGAGAAAGGAAUAAGCAAAGAAGGGGUUCAAUUUUACCACGAUCUUAUAGACGAGCUCCUUAAAAAUGACAUAACACCAUUAGUAACGGUUUUUCAUUGGGAUACUCCUGCCGAUUUGGAAGAUGAGUAUGGUGGCUUUUUAAGCGAACGUAUCGUUCCGGAUUUUCUGGAGUACGCGAACUUCACGUUCCAUGAAUAUGGAGACAAAGUGAAAAAUUGGCUUACGUUCAACGAGCCAUGGGUGUUUAGCCGUUCGGGUUACGACGUUGGGAAGAAAGCACCGGGACGUUGUUCACCAUACGUCAAAGAGUUUGGACAUCUUUGCCAAGAUGGACGGUCAGGAUUCGAGCCUUAUGUCGUCAGUCACAAUUUACUCUUGGGUCAUGCAGAAGCAGUCGACGCUUUCCGAAAAUGCGAAAAGUGCAAAGGUGGUAAAAUCGGGAUUGCUCAUAGUCCGGCUUGGUUUGAACCGGCAAGUGAGGAGGGGCCUCAAAUAACAAUAGACCGUGUGCUUGAUUUCAUCAUUGGUUGGCAUUUGGAUCCUACCACGUAUGGAGAUUAUCCUCAAAGUAUGAAAGAUGCGGUUGGACCACGGUUACCUAGAUUUACAAAAUCCCAAAAGGCAAAGCUGAAAGAUUCGACAGAUUUCGUUGGAAUAAACUAUUACACUUCGUUCUUUGCAAAGAAAAACGAGAUUCCCGAUCGUCGGAACCCAACUUGGGCUACAGAUGCUAUGUUCGAAUUCGAACCCAAGACUGUAGAUGGGUCCGUUAAAAUUGGCAGCCAGCCCAGCACUGCUAAGAUGGCUGUACACGCAGAGGGUUUGAGGAAGCUUUUGAAAUACAUAAAAGACAGAUAUAACGACCCUGAGAUUAUAAUCACUGAGAAUGGUUACGGGGAAGACCUUGGCGAUAAAGAUACAGAUCAUAGCGUUGCUCUCAAUGACCACAACAGGAAAUACUAUCUCCAGAGGCAUCUUUUGGCUUUGCAUCAAGCUAUAUGUGAAGACAAGGUGAAUGUUACAUCGUAUUUCUUAUGGUCGUUAAUGGACAACUUCGAGUGGCAAGACGGGUACACGGCUAGGUUUGGUGUUUACUACAUCGACUUCAAGAACAACUUGACUCGUAUUGAGAAAGAAUCUGCAAAAUGGCUUUCUGAAUUCCUCAAACCGGGUCUGAAACCAUCAAAGUCGAAGCUCAACGAGGAGCUCUGA